ACCGCACGUGUCCUUUUCCCUACUUGCAACUUCGACCCUCUUGUUCGCGCUGGCGCCGAAUUAUUCCUUUCGUCUUUCCAAGCAAGUGUGGCUCGUGCAGAGAGCACACUGUUUUCCGUUUUCCAUCGUUGCCUGAAGUGCUCCUCUACCACAGACAGGAAAAAUGGCGAUCGGAAAGAAUAAGCGGAUGAGCAAGGGAAAGAAGGGGGGCAAGAAGAAGAUUGGUGAUCCCUUCCUGAAGAAGGAGUGGUAUGACCUGAAAGCCCCCACUCUUUUCAACGUCCGAAACUUUGGAAAGACCCUCGUCACAAAAUCGCAGGGGACUAAGUUGGCCGUUGAUGGUCUUCGCGGACGUGUUUACGAGGUGAAUUUGGCCGAUCUGAACAACGAUGAAGAUCAAGGUUUCAGAAAGAUCAAGCUCUGCUGCGAAGACAUUCAGGGCAGAAACUGCUUGACUGACUUCCACGGAAUGGACAUGACUCGUGACAAGAUCUGCUCCUUGGUCCGCAAGUGCCACUCCCUGAUUGAGGCAUUCGUUGACGUGACGACUUUGGACGGCUACACUUUGAGAAUGUUCUGCAUUGCCUUCACCAAGAGGAGACCCGAGCAGGUGAAGAGCACUUGCUACGCCCAGACGUCCCAAAUCCGUGCGAUCCGCAAGAAGAUGAUGACUAUCAUGUCUGCGGAGGCGUCCAAGUGCCAGCUGCGUGAUCUCGUCAAGAAGUUCAUUCCUGAGUCCAUUGGAAAGGAUAUCGAGAAUGCGUGCAAGGGCAUUUUCCCCCUUCAGAACGUGUUCAUUCGCAAGGUCAAAAUGCUGAAGAAGCCGAAGUUUGACCUUACCAAGCUCAUGGAGCUCCACGGUGAGGCUGAAGACGUUGGCAGGAAGGUUCAGGCAGAGUCCGGUGAAGCCCAGAAUACUUUGACGGCAGAGACCAAGGCUUGAACUCCUGUUCCAUGGUGAACAGUUUGUUCGACCAACGGCCAUGUUACUGUUUUGUGGUUCUCACAAGAGGGACGCGAGUGCAUGCUAAUGAGUGCCGUACAGUCCGCUUGUGGAGGCGUGCCAAACCUAGUUCAUGAGAGUACUUCUAUUUCUCUACUUUAAAUCUUCCCUGCAACAGUAGCCACUGCACAAAACAGUGGCUGUGUCCCUGCUAGGCUGUGUGGAGACC